AUGGCAUUUCCUUUUAAGAGUCUUAUGGAUGAUGAUAAAAGGUACCUGAAAUCCUUCCAGUUGUUCAGAGAGCGCUCUUCUGAACAGCAGUGCAUGCAGAACUUCUUCCGACAAAACCUCCCUGAUAUCCUGGCCAGUAUUGGAAAUGGAAACGGCAGCCUCAAUGUCAUGGGGGUGGGCAGUGGAAAAGGUGAUGUUGACCUGGAGCUGUUUUCUCAACUGCGUUUAAAACACCCAGGAGUGCGUGUACACAAUGAAGUUGUGGAACCCAGCAGUGAGAUGCUAGAUACUUAUAAGGAUUUGGUGUCCAAGACACCAGAGCUUGCGAAUGUGAAGUUCAGCUGGAAUAAGAUGACUGCCUCGGAAUUUGAAACGCACUGGACAGAGAACAACUUUACAGAAAAGAUGGACUUCAUUCACAUGAUCCAGAUGCUGUAUUACAUCGCUGAUCCUGGUGCUACUGUCUCAUUCUUUCGGAGUCUUCUCAACAAGAAUGGGAAGCUCUUGAUCAUAUUGGUCUCUGGAAAGAGUGCUUGGGAAAAACUGUGGAAUUAUAAAGCUAAGCUGCAUAAAAACACUAUCAGUUAUUCCGUGACAACAAGGGACAUCAAGAGCUACCUCGAUGGCAUGGGCUUCAAAAGCACUUACUACGAGCUGCCUUCUCAAAUAGACAUCACCGAGUGCUUCCAGGAAGGCAACGAGAUGGGAGAACUGUUGCUUGAUUUUCUGACGGAGGUGUUAGACUUCAGUAAAACUGCUCCUCCUCACCUGAGGUCAAGUCUGCUGGAACUACUGCGUCACCCUGACUGCAGCUCCGAGGUGGAUGGAAGGGUAAUAUUUAACAACAAUCUGGGUGUCAUAGUUCUCGAGCCUGACCACUGA